AUGUCGGCUUUGAAUGCAACUAUCGGGGAAACAAUUGCGCAGUCAAAUCAGUCCAUACAGAUUUGUCCUCCUCCAAGGCAUGAAUUAGUGGUGAAGGUCCUAAAGUACUUUAUCUUUGGCGCAAUUUUUGCCGUGAGCUUGAGUGGGAAUUGCUUUGUGUGCUGGGUAGUUUGGAAAAGACUUCGCAUGCGAACAGUGAUGAAUUAUUAUUUGGUCAAUUUAGCCGCAGCCGAUCUGGCGUUCACGCUAAUAUGUAUACCAUUUGAUCUUCCCGUUCAAGAGAAGUCUUGCAUCUGGCCAUACUUCGGCGCAUUAUGUAAGGUACUCUUUCCAUUACAAACAUUGUGCGCUAGCGCGUCCGUUUUCACGUUGACGGCGAUCGGUUACAGUCGGUAUCGCGCUAUAGUUCAUCCUUUGAAGACUCAAAUCGGUCUCGCUGACGCAAAAAAGUCCAUAUAUCUCAUAUGGCUCGCUUCACUGGUCUUGGUAUUUCCCUACGUGUUGGUCCUCAGAGUAAACCCUUCAACUGGUCAUUGCGAAGAGGGUUGGCCGGAACCAAAGCAAAUAUACAGUCGCAUCUACUCGUUUACAAUAUUCUUUGUAGAGUACGCAAUACCACUGCCUGUUGUCUUUGUUUCAUACCUCAAAAUCUGUCGCGAACUACGGUUAAACGGAGAUCGAGUACCAGUCGCACAGCCAGAUCAGAUAAAAGACUCAGAAAAAGUGCUGAAAAUGUCGAUUGUUAUAACUAUAGUAUUUGCCGUAUGCGCGUUACCAAACCAUAUCGCCUGGUUAGUACUCGAUUUCUUCAGCGAUAACAAAUGUGCACAGUGCAAUACGUGGGUUAUCUUGGCUAACAUGUUUGUGUUUGCUAACAGUGCUGCAGACCCCAUCGUUUACACAGUUUUUAACAGAAGAUAUCGAGACGAGUUCAAAAGUCUUUUGAAUUGCCAAGAGGUGGAAAUGGGAGAGCACAAUGAAAAUGCGGUCGACCUUGACGACAGAGUUGUAUGA